GAGAUGGCAGCUGGGGAGACACAGGUCUACGCCAAGGUCAACAGCAAGCUCAAGGGCCGCAGCACCGCCUCGCUCCUGGACCCCCUUUUGGGGAUGGGCUUCCCGGCACACACCGCGCUGAAGGCGUUGGCAGCCACGGGGAGGAAGACGGCGGAAGAGGCGGCAGAGUGGCUGCAUUGUCAUUGCAAUGACCCUUCUCUAGAGGACCCCAUCCCCCAGGAGUAUACCCUUUUCCUCUGUCCCACGGGGCCCCUGCUGGAAAAACUUCAAGAGUUCUGGAGAGAGAGCAAGCGCCAGUGCACAAAGAACAGAGCGCAUGAGGUCUUUCCUCACAUAACGCUCUGCGACUUCUUCACGUGCGAAGACCAGAAAGUGGAAUGCCUCUACGAGGCUCUCAAGAGAGCUGGGGACAGGAUGCUGGGCUCCUUCCCCUCGGUGGUCCCUCUGGUUCUCCAUUCUUCCAUCAGCUACCUGGGCUUCUUCGUCACCGACAGCACUGCAGACAUCAUCCGGGAAUUCGCCAUGAUGUUCGCCACGGAAGCAGCUAUUUUAGCAGACUGCACCGUGAAGCCUUGCACCAAGCAGCUGCAUCUGACACUGGCCCACAAGUUCUACCCCCACCACCAGAGGACACUGGAGCAGCUGGCCAGAGCCGUGCACCCAGGCCUCAGCUGCCAAUGGACUGCAACAUUGUACUCAAGGGACAUGCGAUUUGUGCACUACCAGACCCUGAGGGCCCUAUUCCAGUAUAAACCCCAGAACGUGGAUGAGCUGACACUAACUCCAGGAGACCACGUCUUUGUGGACCCCACUCAGCAGGAGGAAGCCAGCGAGGGCUGGGUGAUUGGGGUCUCCCAGCGGACGGGCUGCCGGGGCUUCCUGCCGGAGAACUACACAGAGCGAGUCAGGGAGUGUGACACCUGGGUUAAGCACAGGACGUACACCUUCAGUCUAGCCAUGGACUUGAACUCCAGAAAGGACGGUGAUGCCAGCAGCCGACGUAACGGGGAAGUUCCUCCUCCACAAAGGCCCAGGAGCAUAGGCAGCAUACAGGCUUUACAGGCCACAAUCAUGAGGAAAAGCGUGUUGGUGGUGCGCCAUGGGGAGAGGGUGGAUCAAAUCUUCGGGAAGUCGUGGCUGCAGCAGUGCUCCACUCCUGAUGGGAAAUACUACCGGCCAGACCUGAACUUCCCUUGCAGUCUGCCCAGACGGGGCAACGGCAUCAAAGACUUUGAAAACGAUCCACCAUUAUCAUCGUGUGGAAUUUUCCAGUCCAGAAUGGCAGGAGAAGCGCUACUGGACAGCGGCAUCCAAAUCACCUCUGUCUUCACCUCCCCGGCCCUGCGCUGUGUGCAGACAGCCAAGCACAUCCUGGAAGAGCUCAAACUGGAGAGAAAAAUGAAGAUCAGAGUGGAACCCGGAAUUUAUGAAUGGACGAAAUGGGAGGGCGGCAAAACCACCCCAACACUCAUGACCCUGGACGAGCUGAAGGAGGCGAAUUUCAAUGUCAGCACUGAUUACAGGCCUGCGUUCCCCCUCGCCUCCCUCCUGCCAGCGGAGAGCUACGACGAGUACGUGGACAGGUGUGCGGUGAGCAUGGAGCGCAUCGUCAGCCACUGCCCACAGGACGUGGGCGUCACCCUCAUCGUGGGCCACGGCUCGGCGCUGGACUCCUGCAUUCGCCCUCUCCUUGGGCUGCCACCCCGAGACUCUGCCGACUUCGCCCAGCUGGUGAGAAAGGUCCCCUCUCUGGGAAUGUGCUUCUGCAAAGAAAAUAAAGAGGGAGGAAAGUGGGAGUUGGUGGCCCCCCCCGUAAAGACGCUGACCCACGGCUCCAACUCAGCGUUUAAUUGGAGGAACUGGAUCCCGGGCAACUGAGCGCCCCCACUAUGCACAACAGCUGCACGACACGGAGGGGCGCCUCGUGCGGAGGCUGCGAGAGACUGGCAUUCGGAAGGUAUCUUGGUCUCGCCUGCUAUGAUUUGCAGAAGCACAAAAUGCACUUUUAGGUUCCAGAGAGACUGCCGUUGUCUUCACCUCUGUAACCAUCUGAGGAUCCGCAACCCCGUGGGUUCGGCUGCAGGAUGGCACCUUGUACGUGUGUAUCUGCCCUGUGUCCUGGCAGGGAAUGAGGAACUAUGCCUCUGGUUUCCAGGAUUUAAAGACC